AUGUCUAGGCUAUCCUCUUUCUCAUUACAACCAGUCACCGCCGAGGAUAUUCCGACCCUCGUUCGUAUCCAUGAUGAGGCAUUUGAAAAUGACAAGCUUAUGCAUUUGAUGUACGGCUUGCCAGAUCAGAGAGAAGACAUGAUAGGAUUCCUUCGGGGGCUACUCACGACUAGUUCAACUGCACUGUUUUUGAAGGCGACGGACAGAGAGACUGGUGAAAUCAUGGGGUGGUCAUUGUGGACUGUCUACCUUGACGGAAAAACCCAUGAAAGAGAAGCGGCAGCCACCGAAGAGAGACAGAAAACAGCCCCUGACACUGCGGGUAACCCAGCAGCCUUCCUAGACUUCUAUAGAGCUGUAGCAGCAAGGCGAAGAAAAUGGAUUACUGGAAAAUGCGCUAGCCUCCUCGAGGUUCUCGCGGUCCGUCCUCAAGCCCGGGGUAAAGGUGUCGGCACUGCACUUGUCAGAGCAGGGCUAGAAGAAGCCAGUUUCCAUAAGAUACAGCAUGGCUGGAAGCAUCAUCCGCAGGUCACGCGAUGUAUCGGAAGUGCGGGUUUCAUGAUAUAG